ACAGACUGCUGCACGAUUCUGCCAGUAGAAAACCAAACUCACCUCGUCCCGAACAACAAACCACCAUGGACCUCCACAGGACCAGUAUAUUAAACCAAAUGGAUUACAGCCGGGAAUCUAAAGAAGGGAAGCCUGCUGUGUCGACAGAGGAGCGGCUGGACAGCGGUCUGGACUCCCUGAAAGAAGAGGAGUACCAGGCUGUGGCGGCCGAGAUCCGUCUGCUCCAGUUGGACUGUGAGCCGCCGCAGCACAAACAACCUCCCGCUGAAACCGGAGAGCUGCACAAAUGGAAAACACAGAUCACAGAAGACGGAGACACGCUGCUCCACCUGGCCAUCAUCCACGAGGCCAAGGACCACAUCAUGAAAAUGAUAGACCUGUCCAAGAACACAGACUUCCUCAACACACAAAAUGACCAGAGACAGACUCCUCUCCACCUAGCAGUAAUAACGGGCCAGGCGGAGGUGUGUCAGCGACUGCUGGUAUCCGGCUGCGACCCCACACUGGUGGACGACAGCGGGGACACGCCUCUUCACAUCGCCUGUCGCCAUGGUAACCUGCUGUGCUUCAGCGUCCUCACGCAUAACUGUCAGCCAGAGCAUCUGCACACGGUGAUGGCUGCCUGCAACUAUCACGGUCAGAACUGCCUCCACCUGGCCUCAGUUCAGGGUUUCCUGUUGCUGGUGGAGAACAUGGUGGAUCUAGGAGCUGACAUUAAUGCAAAGGAACAGCGGAACGGUCGCAGUGCGCUGCACCUGGCCGUGGACCAGCAGAAUCUCUCACUGGUCCAACUGCUGCUGAAGAAAGGAGCAGACCCCAACCUCCUGACCUCCGGAGGCCACACCGCCUUCCACCUCACCUACGGUCGCAACGACGACAACAUCAGGAAAGAACUGUACUCGCUGACCAAUCCUGAUCUGAGGGAGCUGCCUGACAGCGAAGCGGACGACAGCGAGGAAGAGGAGGACGAGGAGUCUGACGAGGAGGUGGGUUAUGACGACAUUCAGUGGAAUGGACAUUAGCAGGAAGCUUGAGAGGGAGGGAGAGAGAGAUAGAGAGAGAGAGAGGAAGUUACAGAGGCAGGGGGCUGUGACGAUGACAGUAAAGGACAAGAGAAAUGGCUCGGCACGUCUACUACUUCCUGCAGUGACGUCUCAUGAGCCCAACAGUCUGGGUGACACGGCGCGGGCGUGGCCGCUGACGCAACAAGUGGACAGGCAGCCGCAAAGGAGAAUCAGAGACUGUUCAAAUACAACGAGCCCGCUCCAGGCUGCGGGAGAGCGAACGCGCUGAGAUGUGUGAAUACAUGACACAUUAUGAGGAGAGGAUCGCUUGUAUUCUGUGGACACUGCAGAUCAAUUGUCACAAAGAAACAUCCAUCCACACAGCUGUACCUGCAACAGCUCUGUUGUACGAUAUUGUAAAUGCUGUGUAUACAAAGAUGUAUUUUUUAUGGAAGCUGUGAACGUGUACAGUUGAGAAGGUUGUAUAUGUCAGACAGAAAACAGUCCAGCACACUCCAGUUAAAUUAAAGACACUCAUAUUUAACAGUAAAAAAACUGUGUGGAUAUAUUUGUGGGGACUGGGAUGGGUGACAUGAAGCAUCAUUUAUUCCCUUGUGUCCUGUCUUCCUGAAUUGGAGAUUAUGUCUGAAUUCUGAGAAAAGCUUUCAUGUAAAAAGUAUCUGCUUGUUUUUCUGAAUAUUUUUUACAUGAAAACUUUUCUCAGAAUUCAGAGAUGAUGAUCUCAGAUUCUUUUUUUUUUUUACAUAAACUUUUCUGGGAACUUUGAAAGAUUCUCUUAAAUUCAGAAAACAAUAUGCAGAAUUGCAGUUGGUCCCGAAUGGAGGCACUAAAUUUGAAUGGCUUUCACACAUGUACUGUAGACAUCAUCAUUUUGGUAAUAACACAAAAGAAACAUUGUACAGAACCCAGCAUAUAAUUAACAGCGGGUGACAAUAUUUCUAGGCUGCAAUUGAACGAGAAAUGACUAACUCGGAGCCUCGAGACAGAGACAUACUGACGGUAUGUCUCUGCUGCUAUAAAUGCCUCCAUCAAAGCAUGACAGCUGAGUUUCAUUUCUGACCUGAUGCCUUUUAUUUUCAUAUAAUGCAUGUCAUGCAGGAUAUGGCUGAUAACUGAACAACUCGUUUCCAGUAAAUGAGGAGUGUGUGUGUGUUUAAUGAGGAAUCUAAGAAGUUUUUGGUAGGGUGGGGCUAAGAAGGAAGGGUCAGGAAAUUCCCAGGAACAGAUCACUCAGCUGUUCGCGACAUUCCUGCUUCUCAUUCCAAAGAAGGGAAUCUACGCUGAACAACAGGAUGCUUCAGUGAAGUUCGGGACAGCGAGGAGGAAGGAAGUUUUACUCAAAUUCCAGUAAAAUAAAUAUCAGGCAUCACGGUUAAAUA